UGUUGUUAAAAUUCUUUAGGCUCGAAUUUUUCUCUUAUCUCAUUUCUCUAAGCCAAACCCGAGAAAAACAAACUGUACCGUACCGAUUUGAUUCGGUUCUUUUAUAAUCACGGUUCGAUUCAAUUUAUAUUUCCAGGAAGUUCUGUUAUUUCAUUUUAUCGGUUCGAUUUAGAACCGAACCUACCGAAUGCGGCCCAAGAGCACAUCCUUGACCUACUGACGGAGGUGGUCGCUGGUGGCGGUAACAACUCUCCUUUCGGGCUUCGCGCUCGGUUUCAGGUCUAAAAAUUCCUUCACCGCGUUAUCUUCGAAACAAUUUAAUUCUGUUCUAUCGCUGAUCAAAGGCAUCAGUAAUCAAGCCUCAGAUGGCCAGCGAUGCCAGUCUAUCUCGCACUUUUAAGUACUUAUUGGUAUUGGGUAAUCUUGGCGAGGUAUAGCUACACAGUUCUUGUCAAGAGGAAUUCCAUUUAUUUUCAAUUCGUGGAUUGUCAGGCACCUCACAGAAGAGGACUAUGCGGUUUACGCAGUUCAGUUUCAUUUGUUUGUCACCUGUGUCUUGUUUCUUAGUAGGGAGGGAUUUCGGCGAGCUUGCAUGAGGGCUGAAAUUAAAUGGCCACAUUAGAACUGAAGCUUAACAAGUUAUUGUAAUAUGGAUUUGUGAGAGGAGUGCAUGAUUUUUGAAAUUCUAUAAUGCCUGCAAUUUGAUCUAAGUGAUGGUACGUCAACCGAAGAAUAUGCAGCAAAGCUAUUAAAAGUAGCUUGGAUGACUCUCCCUCUUGGGAUAGUUAUCACAGUUGCCAUGUGCAUUUUUGUCUUUUGGUGGCAAGGACUAAGCCAUUCUGAUCCAUAUGCACAAGCAAUCUUGAUUAAUGGCUGUGCAUGUAUACUGGAGCUAUUAGCCGAACCAUUGUAUAUCCUUUCUCAGAAUUUACUCCUGCUUAAACUGCGGUUAAUGAUUGAAACAAUUGCUACCUUUUCGCGCUGUCUGAUCAUGUAUAUCCUUAUUGUCAAACAACCCAGCAUGGAGAAAGGGAUCAUUUUUGCAUUGUCGCAGACUGCAUAUGGAGCUUGCUUAUUCAUAGGAUAUUGGAGUUAUUUUCUUCUUAUCCGUGCAUUUAGAAGUUCUGAUCUUCUCCCUUUCAGCCUAGAAACGAAAAUGGAUUAUGAUAAACAACUCGCAAACAUGUGUAUGCUGUUUACUCUUCAAUCCUUUCGAAAGCUAAUCCUUCAGGAAGGGGAAAAGAUGGUCCUUGUGUGGUUGGAUAGCCCAUAUAACCAGGCUAUAUAUGGACUUGUUGACAAAUUAGGAAGCUUAGUAGUGAGGUUGGUGUUUCUGCCAUUUGAGGAAAGUUCAUAUGCUACAUUUGCUAGGUCCUCAUCAGGAGAAGAUCCACACAAAAGCAGGAAGCUGGCAAGCUACCUUACUGAGGCCCUGAAGCUUGUUUUGUUAAUUGGUCUUGUGUUCAUGGCAUUUGGCCCAAGUUACUCUUACUGUCUAAUCAGAUUAUUGUAUGGCCAUAAAUGGAGUGAUGGGGAAGCAUCAACAGCUCUUCGGUAUUAUUGCCUUUAUAUCAUUGUUUUGGCUAUGAAUGGAACUUCUGAAGCAUUUCUACACGCUGUUGCAACAGAGAGCCAACUCAAACGUUCAAACGAUUCAUUGCUUGUUUUCUCACUGCUAUAUGUAGUGCUGAAUGUCCUACUGAUACGGUCAGCUGGUUCAGUUGGCUUGAUUCUGGCGAAUUCAUUAAUUGUUGAUUCCAGAAUUCAACUUCUUAGCAUGAUAAAAGUUCUUUACGUUGAUGUCAAGUUUCUUGACUUUUGUGAAGAUAUGAUUUUGAGGAUUAUAUACUCUGCAGUAUUCAUCAAGCAUUAUUUCAAGGACUCUUCUGCAUUUACUUUCCGCGGCUGCUUGCCUUCAGGUUGGACAGUUCUGUUGUUUUCUGGUGCAACUACUCUCAUUUCUGAGAGAGUAUUUCUAGACCACAAAAAUUUCUGGCCGACGUUUUUAGUUCACUUUUCCAUUGGGUUUACUUGCUUUGGCAUAUCCUCUGUUGUCAUUUAUCGGCGGGAAAGAACUUUUAUCAACAAAAUUAUCCGUUUUCAUGAUCAUGUGGACUGAAGAGCAGCCAACUGCCCCAAGAGCUCUGAAAGAUGGAAUUACUUUUCUUUGCCCGAAACAAUGAAGACUAGGGAGCUACAAGCCAUUUAUUUAUUCAAGGGGUACAUGAUAAUUAAUAUUUCCUUUAGGAAUAUGAUACACUGGAAGUGGUUAGGAUUAGUAGCAAUAUAAUUAACAAUAUAACAAGUUAUAAUUUUGCCACCAGAUACCAUUUAGUUUUAUAACCCAACCCAAUUCCUUCUUCCCAUCUCUCAGAGAAUCUAAAUGGAGUUAUGUCUUUUUGGUAAGCAAUUAAUCUAGUUAUAGUUCUUUUUUCUUCCAAUUUUAUCUAUUACUUGUGUUUGCUGGCACAAUGAUAACUCACUCUGUAUGAGAAUGUUGGGAAAUUUUGAAGGACAUCUGCAGUUCCAAUUCUCAA